AUGGCAGCACCCAGGGAGACCAUCCAUCUCUCCUUUGGAACACUCGCUAACCACAUUGCUACACACUUUUGGAACGAGCAGGACGCCUACCUCGACACGCCUGCUGCCACAGACGAGUGGUACGACGCAGACACCUCGUUCCGCCACGGCUAUUCGCACACCCUCCGCGCCCCAACCUUUCUCCCUCGCGCACUCCUCUUUGAUCUCCCUGCCGAGUUUGGCGCGCUACGCCAAAUCAGCCGCCUCUACCAGCAGGAGCACGACGACGACGACGGCACCACUGCUGCUGCCGCCUGGCACGAGGGUGGCGUCGAGACGCUUCAGGUUGCACCGCGUGUGCCAGCCAGCGCAUACCAGCGCACACUCGACGCGCAGGAGCAUUCACAAGACGGAGAUGGGGACGAGGGCGAUGGCGAGGGCGAGAGCGAUGACGGGAAUGGGGAUGGGGACAGGGGCGAUGGAGCGGAAGUGGACGCAGCGCAAACUCGCUGCCCAAGUGGAGACGCGCACGCGCGCAGCACCGUUCAGCGCACAUGGCGCACCCUCUCGCCCAGCAGGGGGUACCGCUUCUGGUCCGACUACCUGCGUGUAUCAUAUCACCCGCGCUCACUUGUGCCCCUUCGCUCUUCCAGCUCGGGAGCCGUGUACCGCUCCAUGAGCUCAAGCACCGCUGCCCAUCAUGGUGCUGAUGAGGAGGAGGAGGAGGAAGAGGAUGCCGCAGGAGAAGCAUCGGCAGCAACGCCGCUCGAAGGCUUCAACCUCGGCUACGCAGUUGCCAAGCAGGUCGAGCGAGAUGCCGACGUCAUGGACGAAAACCUCCGAUGGUUCGCCGAGGACAGCGACCUGCUGCAGAGCUUUGCACUGACCGCCAACAUGUCCGACGGCUUUGCCGGCUACGCCUACCGCAUGCUUGAGGAGCUGCACGACGAGUACGCCAAGACACCCGUCCUGCUCUUCGCCGCGCAGUGGGGGCCCAGCACGCUCCUCGCAGCCACCAUGUCCUCACGGUCACCGCAGACGCAGGUGCUUGCACCCCACAAAAGCAGGCACGCCCUGCGCAGAUACAAUACACGCGGUAUGAACGCCGCGCUCAGCUUGGCGCUCCACAGCGACCUCCUCGCCCAGUCCACUGCCGGGCUCUUGGUCCCCCUCGCUGCCCCCGGCGCGGGCGCCAGUGCAGUCUCCCAUGCCGAACUCUCGUCAUCGCCGCCGCAUCUCCCUCUCUACCGCCCGCGCAACAUGUACCACGCCUCGGCGCUGCUCUCCGCACACCUCGAGACAGCGACGCUGCCGCUGCGCAUGCAUCGCUCCCCUUCCGCUAGCGGCAGCGGCGAGUCCGCCGCAGACCUGCUCACGCGCCUCGACUGGCGCCGCAGCACGCCGAUUGGCGCUCUCUCCGGCGUCCUGCCCACGCCGCUGCUCGCGCCCGUGCUGUUGCUGCCGCCGCCGGCGUCCGACCCGAUCGAAGCGCUCCUCGCCGCGAGGGGCUAUGCGCCCAAGCAGCGCGGGCCGAGUGCGGCUGCGCACCAGCACGCCGCUCAGCACGCUGCCCAACACGCCGCCCAGAGCCUCCGGCGUGCAUGGGUCGAUCUGAGCAACGGCCGUGCCGGCGCGCGCUCCCAGCGCCCACCGCCGGUCCCGUUCGCCGAGUCGCUCGUCGCGCGCGACCACGACACGCACAGCAUACCCCCGACGCUCGCAGCGCUCGCGCAGCUGCACCACCCGCAGCUCCAGCAACCCCUUACGCGCACCACCUUUGUCCCCGCCGCGUACCUUACCCCGGAUAGCUUCCCGCGUUUCUUCAGCGGCGUCACUAGCGACGGGCGCCCGUUGCCACCGCCGCCGUCGCCGCCUUUAUCCAGUGGCACGCAGCAGCAGCUGGCGUCGAGCAGUAGCUGCACGCGCUCCGUCCCCAUCGUCUCCUCGCUCUGCACGACCCCCGCGACGUACCACCAGCUGGCGGCCGCCAAGCGCAUUGUUCACGCCGCCAUCGUGGGCCACGCGCCGCUGUGCAUGUACGGCCUCGAUGAGUCCGAGGGCGGUGGCGUCGUUGGCGGGCGCGACGGGCUCAAGGAGGUGCGCGAGCGGCUCGAGGAUCUUAUCGGCGCUUACCAGCCUGGCCUGAUGCUCGACGCGGACAGCGAUGACGGCUUGGGCACCGACGAAGAGGGGAACGGGCACGGCGAUGCCUGGGAACUGGACGAUGACUGA